AUUAUCACAUGUAGAAUAGCUAUUUAACGCCCCCCAAGCAAAGAGAAGAUAAUUAUCAUGGCAGACCAUUUACUAGAUGAUCCCGACUCUAAGGACGGUGUGGAGACUCCUGAAGACCCCCUGUCCGGUGAUCUAAACGACCUAGAGGAUGACACUUCUUUGUUAGACGCUGGGCUAACGGAUCUUGAUGGGAAUGGCGACCAUGAUGACCUGUUAGCACCCACCCCUACUGACGACUCUGAGCACCUCCUGGACAAUGCUGCAGAUGAUGAUCCGGAGAUAGAGGCCAUCAAGGCAAGGGUGAAGGAAAUGGAGGAAGAGGCAGAGAAGCUCAAGGAAAUGCAGGGAGAGGUCGACAAGCAACUCAUGUCCACUAAAACAGGUGACGGAAUUAGAAAAGGUCGACCCCAUCGAUUAAUAUCACUUAUCCAAUAUGCAGCUUCAUUUCCUACACCCGAGGAGAAAGCUGAGGCUGAUGCACGAUCUGUACACAUUGGAAACGUUGACUACCAGUCUACUGCGGAGGAGCUGGGACAACACUUCCAGAGCUGCGGCCCCAUCAACAGAGUUACUAUUCUGUGUGACAAGUUUACUGGACAUCCUAAAGGGUUUGCGUACGUUGAGUUUGUGGAAAAAUCGUCAAUCUCAAAAGCUGUUGAGUUGGAUGAAUCGUUAUUCAAAGGAAGACAGAUAAAGGUAGCUGCUAAGAGGACGAACAAGCCUGGCCUCACCACUACAAACAGGGGGCGUGGUCGAGGAGGAAGGGGGCGUGGCUUCAGGGGAGGCGGCUACGGUUACGGAGGGGGAUACAUGAUGAUGCCUGUACCAGCCAUGCCAAUGUACCGAGGCAGAGGGAGAGGAGGAUUUAGGGGGGGCCGUGCUAAGUCCAACUGGUACGCACCUUAUUAGGGAGUGUUAUUACUCUGUAUAUUCAUUGUAGUAAGUUUGUAUAUUGAAUUUUGAGAAAAGAAAAGAGAAAAAAAAAAGACGAAAGAAAAAAAGAAAAAAAAACACGAGAAAAAAGACAAUGUGAACUGUUAGGCCCUAGCAAUUCUUGUAUUGUACUUUGCUGUUAUAUAUCUCUCCAACACACACACACACACACACAACCAGCUGCCCAGUGAACAAUCUGCUGGACAAUUUUUGGCCUUUCCUUUCUUUUUGUGUGUAUGCAUUUGAACAAUUUAUUCUCAAAGAAACAUUUUGCCAGCUACAAA